AUGCUACAAGAACUUUGCCAAACCGUAGGAUCUGUCUCGUCGUCGUUACAAGAACGCAACUUGCGGACCAAAGAAAGCCUCGAACCGUACUUGGAAUCCAUUACAUCUCGUGGUGAUGGUGCUUCCAACAAUGCAAACGAUAAUGCCUCACUGCUGCUCAAUAUCAAUUCCCAAACAGUAGAGCUAGUGUUUCAUGCUGGACUGGACUUGAUCUUGGCGGGGCAUUCCCAGCUGGUGGCCAAACUGUACCAGUGUUUUCAGACCAUGUUGCAACAAUGGCGAAUCUUGAGUCCAGACAAUCAGAAACGGAUUCAACUCUUGAUCAAGAGCAAAGGAAAGAAUAAUCCCUUUCCGAACCAUAUAAUAAGCUAG